UUUAUACUUUACAAAAUCAUCUCACGGGCCGGAUUAAACCUGUUUGCGGGCCUGAUCCGGCCCGCGGGCCGUACGUUUGAUACCCCUGCUCCAGAGACUCCUUCAAGGUCUUCUGUAAUUUUACUACUGGAGAGACAUGUUUGUACCCGAGCAAGGACGUCAACACGGUGGAGAUGAGCUCCUGGGACAAAGAGACUCCAGGAUCGUGGUACAGUCAGUUUUCCACUGGUAGUAAGUUCUCCUACGUCAACUCUAACGGUGAGCCCGUGGGCGUGGUCCAGCUGGGCUUCCUGCGCCUCCUGAGCAUCCAGGCCCGUCAGAACCUCACCUACCACUGCCACCGCUCCGUGGCCUGGGCCGACCAAAGCGCCAAGAACAACUACAAAAGGGCGCUGCACUUCCUGGGUGCCAACGACGAGGAGCUGAGCUAUGAGACCAACCCGUACAUCAAAGCCUUGAUCGAUGGCUGCUCUGUGAGUUCACACACAAAACUACAUCCAGACCUGUUAAAGGCUCCGUGUUACUGAAGGUUUUGGAGAGCUGUCACAUCUUUCUUCUAGACCAUCAAAAUGAUGAUGGUCCAGAGUUAGUCUGACCCUCAUCCAGUCCUAGUAAAUUAAACUACCUUUUCUUCUGUGAUGUUACAGUCACAGUAGAAAAAAUUAAAUUAUUGCCAUCACAUUA